AUACUUAUCUUAUCUUAAGAAAGGAAAGAUAUUUGUUUAUUUCCUGCUAGCAGUGGCCAGGUUUGUGUUUUAUAAAGCUCAGGUGAUAAGACAAAAUGGCAAAGUGCGACUACGUUGCAAAGUGACUCCACAGAGCAAACUGAAGAGAGUUUCUGGUAAAUUUCAGAUUUGGAAGCAAGAAUGUCCCACACAGUCUUACCCAUGAAUUCUUCAACACUCAUCAUCCAGAUUCAACCACCAACACAAACAACACCAGCUGGGACCGAGACAAAUGCUCCUGCACCUGUUUAUGUCCAACAGAUUGCAGGAGUUUCCCCUCUUCAUGGAUUUCAAGCAUUUCUGAAGGGCCAACCAAAAGCCCUUGGGACUGUCCAGAUAAUAAUUGGUCUGUUGACUUCCAUGCUUGGGAUUGUGUCUACACUUCAUGCAGAUUCCAUAUUUGUCUAUAGUGGUAUUCCUUACUGGGGAUCAAUCAUCUACAUUAUUGCAGGUUCACUCUGCAUUGCUGCCGAAAACAAACAUAAUUCACCCGGCAGUUUAUGUUUGGUGAGAGGUUCACUUGGAAUGAACAUUUUCAGUGCUUUAACUGCAGCCAUUGCAAUUAUUAUAAUUUCAGUUGAUUUGGUAUUUGGACUGUUUUACUACAAUAUCUGCAGUGAAUGUACGACCCUAUUCUUUGGAAUCGGGAGUGUUUUGGUGAUAUUUGCAUUGCUUGAGUUUAUCAUCUCCAUCUGUCUAUCAGCAUUUGCCUGUAAAGCCACCUCCUGCUGUUAUCAACAGGUGCCAAAUGUUGCACAAGGUUUACCUCCAGUGCCCAGUGAUUUUAGGUCUUGUCAUUUCCAUGAUCUUAAGAGCCCAGAGAUAUCUGUGAUCAGCAACCCUUCCAUGAAUCACCAACCUGCAGAAAUUCCUCCACAAUACCGUGAAAAAUAAAUGAAUAUGAAUAGCAAAAAUCCUGCAGUUGUCUGUGCUGCUUUUGUGGGACAAAAGGCUUCCUGUCCCUUACUACUAAUGUGUAAAUUAUAACUAUUCAAGACACUAAUAGAUACUAUUUCCUGAUUUUCAUUCUUUAGUUAAGUCAAAGUUGCCUAAUCAUCAGUGAAACUAGAUAGAUUGUUUAGAAUAAGUAAUAGACAAAACUGUACUACUAUAAGAAUAAAAUAUACUGAA